UCAGUUGCUUGCUGUGAGAGCGAAGCUUCCUCCACUAUGGCCCGAACUAAGCAGACGGCCCGCAAAUCCACGGGCGGCAAGGCUCCGCGCAAGCAGCUGGCCACCAAGGCGGCCCGCAAGAGCGCGCCGGCCACCGGCGGCGUCAAGAAGCCGCACCGCUACCGGCCCGGCACCGUGGCCCUGCGCGAGAUCCGCCGCUACCAGAAGUCCACCGAGCUCCUGAUCCGAAAGCUGCCGUUUCAGCGCCUGGUGCGCGAGAUCGCGCAGGACUUCAAGACCGACCUGCGCUUCCAGAGCUCCGCGGUGAUGGCGCUGCAGGAGGCCUGCGAGGCCUACCUGGUGGGGCUCUUCGAGGACACCAACCUGUGCGCCAUCCACGCCAAGCGGGUGACUAUCAUGCCCAAGGACAUCCAGCUCGCGCGCCGCAUCCGUGGCGAGCGAGCGUAA